CUUAAUAAAGUGCUUCCAAAGCUCUUGCAGUCAGACCAUAUGUUCAGAAAGGCUGUAACCAUCAAACUGUACCAUAUCUCUCUAAUAUGUCACACAUUAAACAAGAAACUUGAGUCUUUGGUCUCAGGAAUGUUAGAUGAAAUUCAGAUCUGUUAUCAUGAUCUGAUUGAU